AUGGUAUUUCGUUUGUUAACUAUUCGUACUCUUUUAAUUUGGAUUCUUAUUACUAUGUUCACAUAUGCAAUCUUUAUACAAAGGUUAUUUUCAGCUAAGUCUUCUCAUAUGACAAAUAAUAUAAUAGAUUCUUCUUCUUCAACAUGGCAAAGUAAACGAUCAAAAUCUCCUCCAUCAGUUUUGAUAGAUGCACCUAUAUAUGAUGAACUUCUUGAAUUACAAUUUCGUCCUCUCAGGGUUUCACCAAGUGAACUUAGUAAACCAGUAUUCGAACAUAAAUAUAUAAAAAAAAGUUUAUCUUAUAAUAAAAAAUUAUUUCGUGAAUCAUCAACUCCUAUUCUAUGGUUAGAUGAGCAAAGUGAUGUUCGAUGGAAUCAAGCUGCUCAAGAUGGUAUGCUAAAUUAUCUUACUCAAAAACAAUUUCCUAAUCUAGAUCGUACUGGAAAAUCAUCAAUGAAUAAAGAAGAAAUAUUAAAUAUAUGUCGUGCACAAUCACUCUUUAUUUUAAAUGAACAUUGGUCGGGAUUUUUUAGUCGAGUACUUUGUUUCGUAGCUCAAUUUGGUCAAACACUUUAUACUCCACGUAUAGCUGUACUUCGUGGAACUCGAUUAUCAAGUGCACGUGGUGAAGUAGAUGAUUUCUUAAGUCAAGGUGUUACACGUUAUUUUUUACCAAUGUCAAUUUGUUCAGCAUAUGAAUAUCAUCCUGAAAUGAAUACUUUUAGAAAUCUUAUUCACGCACCAAAUCUAUUUCAUAUAUCAAAUAGUCGUCAAUUACAUGAACAUGGAAACAGUAUAUUAGAUCGUCCAUUUAUAUCAACAGAAUUUUGGAAAAUGGAUUAUCAUCAUGUACCUAUACGAAAAUGGUUAUUUGAUAGAAAACAAACAUCAAUAUCAUAUAAUUCUUCAAUAGAUAUUCUUUCAGAUCAUUCUAAUGAGCAUAUAUAUGCUCCAAAUAAUGAAAAAAAUGUUUCUAUUGGUGAAUGGAUUAAUAGAAAUAAACCGGAUGCAUUUUCUUCUGAUCUUUUACCAAAUAAGGGUAAUUACAAAUUAACAUGGAAAGAUUAUGUAUUUGGUUCAUUUCUUCGUUAUAUGUUUGUAUUAUAUUUUGGCUCACAAAAUUCUCCACGUAUUGAAUUUGGUGUUCGAAUAUUAACUCAAUAUUGGUUAAGUUAUUUAACUGAUAAAUAUUCUAUAUCUUCUAAUAUUUCUAUAUUUGAUCAACUUGCUGGUUUAUAUAUUCGUCGAGGAGAUAAAUCAAUUGAAGAUUCAUUUUGGCGGAAACAUAAUCAUUGGCGUAAUAUUUCACUUUACGUUAAAGGUAUUGUUGAUGAAGAACAACGUCGAAAUAAAACUUUUAAAUAUAUUUUUAUUAUGACAGAUGAUAAAUCUGUUAUAAAAGCGAUGCAAGAUUAUGCAAAAUCAGAUCCAAACGGUACUGAUGAAUCAUAUGCACGAGUACAUUUACGUGAAAGAGAAAUUCUUUAUAAUAUAUUGGCACCACAGGAAUGUUUUGAUCCAUUUGUUCGUAUUGGAUUUGAACAAUUUCUUGUUAGUAUGAGAUUUUUAAUUGAACAUUCAGCUUUUACAAUUGGUCAUACAGAUUCGAAUGUUUUUCGGUUUUUUCGAGAAGUUAUUUAUGCUCAACGACAACAUCGAACAGAUGUACAAACAUUUACAUAUGUUCAAGACGCUCCAGAUUCUUUUGAAAAUAAUACAGAGACACGAACAACUAUAAAAAAUAAUUAA